AUGGAUCAAGUUUUAGAGUCUAUAACUUAUGAUGGGGCUUCAUUAGCAUUUAGUGGGCUAGUAACUUCACUAGUUACAUUAGUAUCAUCAUCAUUGCCAUUAACGUCACCAUCUUUCACGCCUAGUCUUGUUGCCGCUUCGGCAUCCAUUCCACUACUGUUGCAAGACUAUUCUGUUCCUAUGUUUGCUUCUUCCACAUUGGCUGCGGUUUACACAAAAACUGCAGUUGCUUACUUACUUGUAGCUACUACUGCUGCUGUCAGCUUGUCCGGAGAUGAAGAUUACUCCAGCAUUUCUUCUAAAACUAUUACACCUACUUUUAGUUCUUUGGAAAAUCCGGAUGACGAACCUACGAUUACAGUGACAUGCGCACCACAUGAUAAGUCAGCUGCGUGCGAGCGGCCAGUCAGUAGUAAAUGGGGGUACAUUGUGGUUGUGAUUUUGUUGGCAUCGCUGCUAGUUAUAUCCGGGGUCACGCUGUUUAUGUUGUAUCUGCGCAACCGGAAAAUAGAGAAGAUAGAGGCUGAGAUGGAGUUGGAGCAGGCUGCGGAGUUGGGCGAAGUCCGUGAGCUUACCGCUAGAAACAGACGAGGUUCGCCUCCUCCGCCUCCUCCGCCACCUCCGCCAGAUGCAACAUCAACAUCAACAUCAACAUCAAUAUCAACAUCAACAUCAACAGCAGCACCAGCACCAGCAACAGCACCAGCAACAGCACCAGCACCAGCACCAGCACCAGCACCAGCACCAGCACCAGCACCAGCACCAGCACAGACGGGAAAUCAAGUGACAAAUGAUGAACAAGUGACAAAUGAUGAACAAGUACAAAAACCGGAAGGAAUUGGAAGAAAAUUGUCGUUAUUAUGGAAUAAGUUGACAUCUUACGGGGCCAAUAGUGGGGCACUAGGGACCACCCAACGGCGGUUUCCUGCCCUGCACCGAUAUUAUGUUGAUAGUAGGAAUGGGAAAAACAACAAUCAUGAUGACGAUGAUGAUGAUGAUGAUGAUGAGGAUAAAGAUAAAGAUGACGAUGACAUGUACUUGACUGAUGGAGAAUAUGCGUGUUCUGACGACGAGACAGUGUAUGAUACGCGAAUUUCUUUACGCAGUUUACGGGAGAUGGAGCUUGCACGGUUGCUUGAUAUGGAAGUCGUACAGGUUGCAGAGCGCGAAUUGGCAGCGGAGGGCCGGCGGCUGCUACGUUCGAGACCUAGAGAAGUAGGGCAGCGACAAGAAGCACCUGAGCGGAUGCCGCUGCAAAGUGGAUGUGGAGGAAAUGGUCGGCGAAGUGGAGAGACGCUAACACCGCCAUAUGGGAGUGCUGGGGUUAUUGGGAUAUCUCAGUAUGACGAGAAGCAAGGGGAGUAUUUGACAAAAGAGGAAAUUGGAUGUUUUGGAAAAGGUGAAAUAAUAAAGGAGAUGGAAGAUGAUCCAUUUUGUGACCAGUCUGGUUAUGACAGUAGUGAAUUGAAAAGAGGGCUGUGGAGAGAAGGGGGGUUUACAAAAGCAGUUUCAUUGAAUAAGCCUAAUACGCGAUAUCUUGUUCGACCUAGUGUGAUGGGUAGGGCGCUGAAUGGAAGAAGUUUGUUAGAAGCAGUUAGAAGUGAUGGAGAAGUUUAUAAGGGUUUUGGGGAGUGUUAUGAGAAGACAGAUGAAGAAGAGAGAAGAGAGAAAAAGGGGGGAGGGAAAGAGAAAGAGAUGGGGAUGGGGAUGGGGGUGGGGAAGGGGAAGGGAAAGGGAAAGGGGAUGGGGAGAAUAAAAGGACAAGAAAAAGGAAAAGGAAAAGAAGAUGAUAGCUUUAGUGAAGAUUUUGCAUUGGCAAACGUUCCAUCAGUUGAGAAUGCAGCAGCUUUGAAUGCACGAGUUGUUGAAGCCGCAGUUCCAGUUGGCGAUUUGCCAGAUGUUGUACAAACAUACUUUGGUGGGCGGAGGCCGAAGAAUAUGAAGAUGAAAAGUUUGGGCGGUAUUGGUAAAGAUGGUGUUGACUUUGGCAGUAUUAAUACUACUAACAUUACUAGUACUAGUACAGAAGCAAUGGGAACCUACAAUAUGAAGAAAUUCACAUUCCAACAAUCUCAGCAGCAGCAGCAGCAGCAGCAGCAGUACCUUUUUUCACAAGGCGGUAAUGGCAAACAUCAUGCAGCGUCAACACCGAGUAUUGGAGGUAGUAUAUGGAAGCGAUAUGGAGAGAGUGGAGAGAUUGGAAGAGAUGAAAAAGCAGAAGAAGAGAAAGAUUAUGUUUGCCGAGUGUUGUUACCAACACCUACGAGUGGAAAUGGUAGCGGCAGGAAGCUGUUUUUGGCUAACGUUGGAAGUGGAAAUGGCAGCAGCAGCAGCAGCAGCAGCAGCAGCAGCAGCAGCAAUAGCAACAGCAAUAGCAAUAGCAGCAAUACAUUCUUAUCAUUUCGGAAGGAUAACAAUGCUUACAAACAAAAUCAAAACAACAAUAGAAGAGAAGGACCGGAAAAGGUGGGAGGCCGCCGAGGAGCCGGAGGUGUAGAGUCUAAUAUGGGCUGGGGAAGUUCAAGCGGUAGGACUAGGUUAUCAAUUGAAAGUGGGAAUGGGAAUGGGAAUGGGAAUGGGAAUGGAAGUGGAAAUGGAAGUGGAAGUAAUAUGAGUAGCAGCUACAACAGUGGGAAUAGUAAUAACAGGGGCUACGACAUUCUUGGAGAUAAGUUUAGAGGAAUGGAGACGUUGUUGAUGAUGAAGAGAGAAAGAAAUAAAGGUGGUGGUAGGAGUACUGCUGAGGGGUAUUAUGAUAAUGAAGAUGAUGAGUUUUCAACUUCCAUAAGUCAAGAUGGUUGGAGAAUGGUUAAGCAAGGCGAAGUAUUAUGGUAA